UUCCCGCUCUGAAUAGAGAAUACACCAUCGCGGACGGAUUAGUGGAAUGUCUUGUGGUCGCAAAAGUUUUUUAAUUUUGUGUUUAGUUUGCUAGUUUUGUGACCAAUUGCGUUUCAAUCUUUGCAAUUAACAAGACUCAACAGUUUGGCGAUACGACUAUCGGUGUCGAAUACACAAAAUUGCGACGAACAAAACUGUUUCGAUUCGUCAUCUUUAAACGGAAUAAAAGGGAAAAAUUUGCAAACGCGAUUAUGUGAUUGCCAUCGUCGUCGUGGUCGCAAGUGCGCUUUAUAUUUGUGAGAGAGGUCGUGAUUCUUUUCUCACUCAUCGCUGUUCGUUUUCCGUUUUCUUCGAUUUGUCGGAAAACGCAUCGAGGAAAAAAUCCGUCGCGAAUAGUUUCUUGUUCAAAAUCGGUUAAAUAACUGUGGUGUUGCACCAGUAAAAUUUCUUGAAAACUGCUGUAGCCAAAGGCACAUUCAGAAUCGGAAGCGGUAAAACAUAGGAAGUAGCUUUUUGGUGUCACCCGUCCGUGAAGACAGGGAAUAAUAAUAAGAUCCGCUUACGGGAGACGAGAAGAAGAAACAGUGCAGUGUCCCCGUCAGAAUUUCGAAUACGGCCAGAGCAUACUGUCGGUGUGUGUGUACGUAUAGUACAACCGUCAACAUCAGUGUGUUUGUACCCGUGGCCUCGAAGUGAAAAAUAAUGAGUCGCCAUGAAGGUGUUAGCUGUGAUUCGUGUUUAAAGAGUAACUUCCGCGGCCGUCGCUACAAAUGUUUGAUUUGCUACGACUACGAUCUAUGCGCUAACUGUUAUGAAGAGGGAGUAACCAGUACGCGACAUUCGGCGGACCAUCCAAUGCAGUGUAUUUUGACUAGAUCAGAUUUUGAGCUAUAUUAUGGUGGUGAAGUGUUAACACCAGAUCAGCCGCAAUCGUUUACCUGUCCCUACUGUAAACGUAUGGGACUUAGUGAUUCAGCUCUACUUGAGCAUGUCAGUUCCGAGCACACAGACACUGGCCUGGAAGUCGUUUGUCCAGUGUGCGCUGCUCUACCUGGAGGCGAUCCCAAUUUGGUGACGGACGAUUUUGCUGGUCAUUUGAGCCUCGAGCACCGAAGUGGAUCACGGGAUUUAAUAUCGUUUCUGGAUGAACCGUCCGCAAUCCGACAUGGUGGUGUACGGAGGAUGCCACACUCGGGGCGUGCACUCGGUGGUCCCCGCUCGAGGCGGUCCAACAUGCACUUCAGUUCGUCUGGUGGAGGACUUUCAACACUGUCGCCUUCCGGUCGGGAAUCGGUGGAUCCAAUCGCAGAGUUGCUGCAGCAGCUGUCCAGCGUACGACGUGGCGGUGCACCUCAGCCAUCCCAAUUACAGCAACUGCAAAUGCAGAUCCAGCUGGAAAGGCAACAAGUUUCGGCCGCACGCCAGCAGCUGGAACGAUUACCCCGACGUCAACAGCAGCCAGUAGUGAGUUCAACGGCGAAUGCUACCGGUGGUAGUAAUACUACAGGAAAUGUCAGUACAUCACAGCAGUCCAGUUCGAUUAUCACACUCAAUGCCGGUUCCCGAGAGGCACCGAUAGCUUCGUCGUCUUCACUGCCAAUGGUAUCGUCCGGUAUUGGAGCAUGCAACAUCCUUGGCAAUGUAUCGGUUGCAGCUGCAGCUGCGGCAGCAUCUCAGCAGCAGUCUCAAUUUUUGAUGGCACGCUUUAUGGUACCAAGCUUGGACGAUGUUGAACUCGCACAACUGGAGCGUGAUAGAGCCGACAGAUCACAGUUUGUCCAAGCUUUAAUGUUAUCGACCAUUGCGAACAUACAGUCAUUUCGUAAAAAUACGGAUGACGAUGUAACCGACGAAAUGAAUUCAGUGAACUUAAGCGUUGGAGGUAACAACACUAGUGUUAAUAAAAAUUCGAAAAGGUCAACUAACGAUCCAGAGGAGCAGGAUGGUGCUGUCAAUAACAAGGACGAAGGCAAUUGUGAUAAUAUGAAGCAGACGGAAAGUGAUAGCAGUGUCGCGGAUGAACUGCAGAGUUUGCAUACCCCACAGGUGCUUCCACGGGGCGGUGCAAGUCAGCAACAGCAUUCAGGUAAGGGAAAAUCUUCGUCCAAAUCAUUACCAGGUGCUGGCGGUGGGGGAGGUGGUGGUACCGGCUGUAUCGAGAGACGCUCGCGUCAACAGCAACAGGCAGCCAACGCUGCCAAAGCACGUGAGCUAAAGCAGGCAAACUCAUCAGCCACCGCGCCGACAUCGAUGUCGUCGAAACAUGUUCCGGAUCCUAGGUAGUGUUGUAUAGCAAAAAUUAUUUAAAAAAAAAACAGGAGGUAAAAUAUACAAGAACAAUAUCAUCAAUUGUAUGAACAAUUCAUUAAACUGGCGAACAAUGUAAUAUGCGGAGCGAGAAUUUAAUUAAAAGAAGCACUGCGAAAGGAGGCAAAACUUUAAUUAAACAUAGAUGCAGAAUAAAAUUGCAAACAUAUAUAACAUCUAAGGCAUUAUAACUAUUGGAAUCAGUAAAUAAAUACAAAAUAUUCAACCAGGAAACAAUUUAUUGAUAAAUAAUAUUUAGGAACAAAACAAGAGUCACCAGAACGUUCCAAGCUCUACUUAUUCAGUGUAGAACAUACAUUUGUCAAUGUUGAACAAGCCGUAAACGAACUUUAAAGAACUCGUAACGAAGAAUAGGUACAAUAAUGUGGAAGAAAAAUGUAACUAACUGGAAACUAUUCGACAACAAAUAGUACUUUGGCGAACAUAAUAUCAUUCAAGCAGCUCUUUUGCUUUAACCAUAAACACAGAAUCCUUGGUAUCCUAAUAGCAGCUGAUCUAUAUACGGAUCAUUGUAAGGCGUGUUUGCCUUUUUUAUAUGUCAUGUUUUGCUACUUUCCUCAAAAUGUAUGUUCUGAGGCACACGUGUGGUUGAGUAACUUGUCACGUUAUUUUAGCCUUUCUGAUGGAAAUACAAUUCGAUGAUAUAAAACCAGAUUCUGAACUUACGCAACCUCCUACUUUUGAGCGAAAACAUAUUACCGUGUAUAAUGCAACACAAAUUGCUAAAACUGCAGCAUGGCAAAAAAGAAAUAGCGAUAAUUUUUAAUGCAGAUAUGAGUAGAAUGAAAGUGAGUAAUUCGUAGAGUAUGAGUAAUAAAACACGCGGAAGUAUAUACAGAAUGAUCAAUUUACUAAGUAAUGAAAUAAUUCGUAGCGAAAAUUCAUUCAACUCUCAAGUAACUGCAAAUGCGUGGUACGACUCUGUUUCAAUUUUGUUACUUUUUCCGUUAUCAUUUUCAAUCCUUCAUACUUACAUACUUGCAAGAAGCGCUAGAAUCGCAGUGUAAUGUAAAAAAUAAUUGAAGUAGGUUAUAAGCAUAAAAUAUUUGCUGUCAGCCCUAAUAAUUUAGUAACAAAUCAGUUUCCUUGAUUCUCGCAAGCCACUGAUAGUUACGCUUAUCGCAUAAAUAUUGGUUCCUUAAAUUUUUUUUUGGCAUACCGAUGCAAAAGAAAAAGUUUUCGUACUAAAGAUUAGUCGACCCGAGCGAUAGAGAAACGCGUUCUGUCGGCAGUAGUCCUUAAUGAGUCGAUUGUCAUCUUUUCUUCAUUUGUUUUUAUUUAUUUAUGCAGUGUAAUUACAUCGGGACGACGCUGGAUUCUUCUUAGUUAUUCGGUUCACUCAUGAGGAUCAUAAAUAUUAUAACAAGAAUUAUCAAACAAAAGUAUAUUUACCUAGUGCUUGUAUAGAAAUUUAAAUUUUACUAAAAUGGUCGAUAAUUACAAAGUAAAAAUUCAAUGUUGAAAAUGAAUAAACAAUAAACAUGCAGUUUCA